AUGCGCACCUCUCUCCUGUCCCUCGUGAGCCUCGUGCUCGUCACCGUUGCCUCUGCGGACUCUGAAGACAGGUAUUACCUUGGCGCGAUCAACCCCAUCGCGCCCGAGAACGUAUCCAACGAUACGGCAGUCAGCAAGCGAUCUGCCGAACUGGUUUCCCAUGGUCCCUCGGUUCAACGGAACGUCCUGAAGCGCGCCGUGAACGGCAUCAGCGAUGCCCUACCAAGCCCAUGGGCUUAUAUGGGAUGUUUUACUGAAGUCACGUCCUCGAGAGCGCUGAGCGGCGACAGCUACCACGGAGAUGACAUGUCGCAGGAGAAAUGCAUUGCUUACUGCGAUGGAAAGGGAUACGGGGUGGCCGGCGUCGAAUGGGGCCGUGAAUGCUACUGCGGCUACCUCCUCGAUUCUGCCUCCGACAAGGCGCCUGAGACCGACUGCAAGAAGCCGUGCGCCGGCAACAGCGGCGAAGUCUGCGGUGAAGGCGGGCGGCUCAACGUCUUCACCAACGGCGACGCAGCGCCCGCCAUUUUGGCCGCAUCUGGAGAGUUCGACUCGCUCGGGUGCUACUCAGACCACUCCUCGGCUCGCACCCUGACCACCCGCAUGAGCCUCCCCGGCAACGUGAGGGUCAGCGACUGCACCACGGCCUGCGCCGCCCAAGGCUUCCCGUACGCCGGGCUUGAGUUUGGCAAGGAGUGCUUUUGCGGCGCCAGCAUCCAGAACGGAGGUGCCCCCAUCCCGGCCAAGUCCUGCAAUAUGGUCUGCACUGCCGACAAGUCGCAGUACUGCGGUGGUGCGGCUGCUAUCAACAUCUAUAAGAGCUCCAAGCCUGUUACAGGCGGCCCUAGUACGCUCCCUGACGGCUGGAUCGCCCAGAGCUGCUACACCGACAGCCCCUCGCGGCGGGCUCUCUCGUACAGGGUGCCUAGCUUCAAUAAGUUCAGCGCCGCCCAGUGUGUUUCUCAGUGCGACAGCCUCGGCUAUGAAUACGCCGGUACCGAGUACGGCUCCGAGUGCUACUGCGGCAACAGCAUCGACGGCGGCAACUCGCAGGCGUCCAGCGGCUGCGACAUGUCGUGCGCCGGCAACCAGUUUGAUACGUGCGGCGGCGCCGGGCGCAUCAGCAUCUACAAAGCCGACUGCAAAGGCACGGGCGACUGCCACUUCAACUACGGCAAAAUCGAUGUAACGCACCCCGCGACCAAGAAGGAAUGCUCGGAUCGCUGCCACGCGAACCCUGACUGCGUGGUCUUCCAGGUCGGCUAUGAUAGAAAUGUCCUCUUCUGCAACACUUUCAGCAAGCCCAUUCCAGUCAUCCGGGCGCAUAGCACCAGCACGUACUGUUUGGCUGCCAUCAUGUACAACAGUGUCUGUUCUCUUUGA